UGGUUGGAUUUUAUGUUUGAGAUAACCACCGAAAAGUUUACUUAAAUAGAGUUGUCUUGUUUUUGAUUUCUCUUUUUUCUUUUCCCAUCUUAUUUUGUAAAGAAAAACUCUCAAUAAACAAUCUAUUAUUAUGUAUUUCAAGUCUAUUCUUAUUAUCUUGGUGACAUUUGUUACUUUGUCCUUUGCCAUUGUGUUGAAUCCUCAUAUAACAAGUCCAACUUCUUCUACCAAGUGGCGUGCUGGUUCUCAACACACUAUUACUUGGGACACUGAAAACGUUGCCGGAGGUCCUAUUCCAGAUACAUACAAAGGAACCAUUAAACUUGGUUAUCUUGAUCCAAAAGAUGGACCUAAUGAACAUCUUCAAUGGGAACUUGCUUCUGAUUUUCUAUUGAACAAGGGUUCACAAGUGGUGACUUUACCUGCCGAUUUGGAAACAAAACGUACUUAUAUUAUUGUCUUGAUGGGUGAUUCUGGAAAUGCUUCUCCUCAAUUUGCUAUCACUGCAGCUAGAUAGAUAUACUUCUUCUAGUUUCUUGUUUGCACUUUAUUUAUCAUUUUUCUCCAUCUUUUUUUUUGUACCUUUUUCCUUACGAUUCUCCCUUUGUUUUAUAUAUUUAUUAUUAUUUUACAGUACGUACUUUUGUGUAUAUAUAUAUACUAAUUCCACUCAUUUAAAUAAUAGCCCUUCCUUUUGUAUAGUCUUUCCCUUUUUUUUUUUGUAUAUUCUUUAACUACUCGUGCAAACCAAUUUUUUAAAAUAAUAAAAAAAUAAAUGUAGCGAUGACUCAUAUUCAUCAUA